AGUAAGUUAGAGUUACCUCCCUCAACCACGUUGCUUCCUAUUUCGUUUAGUUGCACCAUACAGCGAACUUUGGUGAAUAAGUAACAGUCUUAAAGAACAUGAGUUUUGCGAAAUACAAGAAACUGAUUGAGGAGGGAGACACGGUUAUACUGUAUCUAAGUUUCAAUAACUUGAUCCCAAUCACGGUCAAGAGCGGACAAACUCACCAGAACAAGUAUGGAGCCCUGAAGCAUUCGGAAAUGAUCGGGGUGGCUUACGGAAGUAAGAUAAACCUGAAGAAGGGCUAUGUGUACGUUCUGCACCCAACCCCAGAACUAUGGACGCAGACUGUUCCACAUCGUACCCAGAUCCUCUACACCACAGAUAUCAGUAUGAUCUUGACACAGCUCGACCUUCGACCCGGCAGUGUUGUUGUGGAAUCUGGCACUGGUAGUGGGUCCCUGUCACACUCCCUCAUCAAGGCGGUGAUGCCCACCGGCCAUCUCCACACGUUCGAGUUCCACAAAGAACGAGCUGGGCAGGCAGCAGAAGAGUUUAAGGCCCAUGGACUCUCGGACUACGUGACGGCCAUUCACCGAGAUGUCUGUGGGGGCGGCUUUCAGUUGGACCAUGUGGCUGAUGCUGUUUUUCUGGACCUGCCGUCACCGUGGGAAUGUAUUGCCAGUGCGAAGCAGGCUUUGAAAAAAGAAGGGGGACGACUAUGUAAUUUCUCUCCGUGUAUUGAACAAGUCCAGAAAGCUUGUGAAGCUCUGUCAGAACAUGGGUUCAAGGACCUCACAACGCUAGAGUGCCUCUUGCGAAACUUCAAUGUCAGAUCUGUCAAACUCCCAUUGGCUGAUCUUGGCCAAUCAGAACUUGAGACACCAGACUCUGCUGAAUGUGUAUCAAACAAGGUCAAGGUCUCAAAGAUGGAUCACUCUAUGGACAAAGAAUCUGGUGUCAAGGAAGUAGCACAGCCUUUUAAGAAAGUAACCAAAUGUGACUUGAUUGGGAAAAUGACAGAGAAAGACUUUGUUUUCCAGACAGGAGCACCCCCAGUCAACACUCAAGGUCACACAGGCUUCCUGACAUUUGCAACAUUGUAUCCAUCGUGAGAUUUUAUUUCAUUGUGGAUAUCCUCACGCAAAAACUUCUACCAUUGUCAAACAAGGAAAAUGGCUGUGGCAGUCAUCUUCCUAAGGCAAGAGAGUUAAAUGACUUUAAAAAUCCAGUUUCCACCCUUGCUGAACUAGGCUCGAAUUUCCAGGCUUGAUCAAAGCGCCACCAAUCUCAUUAAAAUCAGAUCUUAGUUCUCACUACCGCUAAACAAAGAUCUGAGGACAUCCCAUUACGGGUCACGUCAGAACGACCUCUCGCGAACUUUGAACGAUCAAUGAAAUGACUGAAAAGAAAUCGACAUUAGCCAAUCAGAAGGCAGCUCUUUGAGCUUUACGACACUAGUUUCAAACUGGCGACUAUGCUUCGAAACAUAUUUUGACAUAGGCUCGGUUAGAAAUUUUAAAACUGCUAAAAAGAACAUUCUGGAAUGGCUUACAUAUGGCCUAGAUUGUAUGAAUAAAUCAUAAAACCCGUAACUGUCGUUCGGAAUACCCCGUGUUAAAUAUUUCAUGGUUGCAGGAUCAGAAAACACAU